AUGCCGGGGAGUACCUCGUUGGGUCUUUUUGGUCAAGUUGUGAUUGGUCCCCCGGGAAGUGGCAAAUCAACCUAUUGUGCCGCUAUGCAAGAAUUCCUCACGGAACUGGGUCGACAAGUGGUAGUCGUAAACCUCGAUCCAGCUAAUGAGGACUUGCCUUACACUUGUGAAGUAGAUCUUCGUGAGCUGAUCACAUUGGACGAUGUAAUGGAAUCUCUGCAGCUGGGUCCUAAUGGUGGUCUUCUCUACUGCAUAGAAUACCUCUACACUAAUCGGCAGUGGCUUGCUGAUCGUCUUCGUGCCUUUAGCAAACAGUCAGCUAAAACCUACCUCAUAUUUGACUGUCCUGGGCAGGUCGAACUAUACUGCAACAAUUCGUUCUUUAGAAGGCUUCUCUCAUACCUUACAUUCUCUCCUUCACCUCCGUCAAGUAACAAUGCUUCCAUUCCCCCUCCCCCUGCCACCUCUCCCGAUAUUGAGGGUAUCGGUUUGCGAUUAACUGCUGUGCAUCUGGUUGAUUCCCACUACUGUACUGAUGCAGGCAAAUUUAUCUCAGUUCUACUCACGUCUCUGGUUGCAAUGCUUCAACUCUCCCUACCGCAUGUCAAUGUUCUCAGUAAAAUUGACCUAAUUGAAAUGUACGGUAAACUGCCCUUCAAUUUGGACUUCUUCACUGAGGUUCUUAAUCUCUCGCACCUUGUGGAACGACUUGAGGAUGAUCCAUUUUUCGCCAAAUACAAAAAGAUGAACAAGGUACUUGCAGAAAUUGUACAGGACAGCUCUCUCAUCACAUUUCAGGUUUUGGACGCUAGAGAAAGGACACUGUUACAACGGGUAAUGCAAUGUGCAGACAAGGCAAACGGGUACGUAUUCGGUAAUGACGAACAGCAUUCUAUACAGGCGAUGAUGUCUUGUGCUGCCGGUGCAGAAUUCACCAAUGAUCUUGUUUGUAUGGCGCAAGAGCGCUAUACUUCGAGAGCUAAAAGCGGCCAAAAGGAUUAA